AAAAACUGCGCAUGUGCGGUGUUAACUACCCUAACCUUAAAUAUGACGUAUAUGUUUUAGGAAAUUUAUUUAGUUUUUCUUCUUCUAAUUAUAAAUAAAUAAAUAAAUUAACAUCUGGUACAGUCGAAAGAAGUGUCAAAAUGUUGACGUCUUUACGAAAAUCUUGUAGUCUACUGACUUUAAAGAAUAUUCGAGGUCUUCAGUCAACAGUGUCUCGCAGUUCUGACCAAUUGUUUGUGCAUAGAGAUAGUGAGGAAGACAAUCCAAAUAUUCCAUUUGAAUUUAAUGCAGAGAACCAGAAACGUAUUGAUGCUUUGCUAAAAAUUUAUCCUGAGGGUCAUAAGCGUGGUGCAAUGAUUCCAUUAUUGGAUUUAGCUCAACGUCAACAUGGUUGGUUACCAAUUUCAGCGAUGCACAAAGUUGCCGAUAUUAUUGGCGUAUCAAAUAUGCGUGUUUAUGAGGUUGCAACAUUUUACACCAUGUUCAAUCGUCGACCAAUGGGAAAAUAUCAUGUGCAAGUUUGUACAUGUACACCAUGUUGGUUAAGAGAUUCUGAUACAAUUUUAAAUGCUGUGUGCGAAGCAACAAAUUGCAAAGUUGGUGCCACUUCCUCAGAUAAAUUAUUCACCAUCUCCGAAGUUGAAUGUCUUGGUGCUUGCGCUAAUGCUCCAAUGCUACAAGUUAACGAUGAUUACUAUGAGGAUCUUACCGCGGAGAGUACUAAAGCGAUAAUAAACGCACUCAAGAAAGGUGAGAGACCAGCACCUGGACCACAAAAUGUAACACGAUUUGCAGCAGAACCUGCAGGUGGACUUACAUCAUUAACUAGUCCACCUCCUGGUCCCGGAGUAGGUGUGAGGUCUGAUCUAUGAGCAUCUACUAAUUUAAAAAAAUCCAUUUUUAAAAUUUAGCUAAUCUUUCAUUAGAGCGAUAUGAGAAAUUUUAUUUUCAAGUCUCGUUGAGAUUCUACAAGUGAAAGAAAAAAAAAGUGUAUUAUAUAAAUCGUUGUUAUUACACUCUUCUGGGAGAUAUUUCCCCGUUAGUUAUGUAUUUAAUUUAAAAAAAUUUGUUACUUCUUUUUUUUCUCUAAACAAAAAUAAAUUUCCUUAGAACUGCGUUAAAA